CAGUAAUGUUUAUGCGAUUAAUUAUUCUCGAGUCCGACAAGAAUUCUCGAUGGAUCAAAGCGAUUGGAAUACUUUUGAUCACUUUCCGGUUUGCAGACUGGCCUUAUGAACUAGCAUACAACAAUAUCAAAGACAUAUCAACUCAAAUAAUCGGAGAAGGAACGACAUGCUGGGCAUCUUGGGGUAAUGGAGUCUUGAUUGUUAAUGUUAUAGCUGACACACUUGCAACACUAUUUCUAAGUGGAAUGUUUGUACGAAGACUUUAUAUUCACAUCAAUACUUCGAAGUCUUUUAUCAGUCAGCAAAAUCGUACUAUUGAACACAUUGCUAGAAAAUCACUUUGGUGUUUGGUAUUGACAUUCGUUGUCAAUAUGGUCAUGAAUCUUCUCAAAGUAACCUCUUUCCUAAACGACAGAUCUGAUGCAUUCACCGUCUAUUUUGAGCUUAUUGAAUCUACGCUUUUGGUCGAAGCUCUUCGGUUUGACCAAAGAAAGACCGGUACCGGGGCAUUUUGCGACAACUGCGGGAUGGAAAUAAAGUAUUUGCCCAGACAAAACAACUCAAGUUCUAGUCGAAGUCGUUCUGAUCGAAAAUACCCUGACGACGACGAAUAUUUCCAUGUUACGUCAAUCCCGUCUUCCCGAUUGGACUCCAACUCGCAAUCUAUUUCUACCCGUCCUGCACAGACCAAAGAAACCCCAAAGAAUCAGACACUUUCGUUCAACAUUCCCGAAAAUCUUCGCAUGCAAAGCUCAUUUGAAAAUUCUGUAUCCCAUCCAGGACCCGUAGCUUUUAGGGAAACUGUCUCAUCGCCUGCAUUUGGACCAAGCGAUCGAGCAGUCAUGGUUUCCACAAACUCAAAUACAACCAAUACCAACGCCAACGCCAACGCUAAUACUAAUAUUAAUACUAAGAUUAUCAACUAUAAGCCCAGUAACCAAACCUCUUCUUUACCAGUGCGAUACCAUUAAUUUCAACUGUUUUUUUUUCUUUUUUUUUUUUUAAAAAAAAACUUAUUUAUUAAUUUAUUUUUAUAUAAUAUAAUUUCAACAAAGAACAAAAGCACGGAUGAUUCUAGAUUGCUCAAUAUUAAAGCCAGUUGAUUUGGUUUUUUCUCUCUGUCAUUUAAAUAUAUUUAAUAUUUAAUAUUAUUAUUUUGUUACUGUAAUAGCGAUCAAUUUUCUUUAUAUUUUAUUUUACAGCAAUAAAAAAAGAAGCGAUAAUAAUAAAAGGUACAAACAC